UCACACAGACAACAAUACUGAUGUACAAGUAGGCUCCAGCUCAAAAAUGGAAAUAAAUAUGCAAGAUAUAUAUCCCAGCAGUUUCAUUCAACAGGUAUCAUCCCAUCUCAAGGACACUCAAUCCUGGGUCGAUGAAGUUAACAACCAAGUUGCCAACAAACCCAACACACUCUCCACAAUUGAUAGUAACAUCAGGACAAUAAAAAAUUCUCGAACUCUAUAA